UCAUUCUGAGGUUGUUGGAAGGGAAGAUCAUGUCUCCAAAAUAGUAGACUUGCUGCUUAGUGCAUCCAAUCAAUAACUCUCGGUCAUUCCUAUUGUAGGAAUGGCAGGUUUGGGAAAGACAACUUUAGCAAAACUAGUUUACAAUCAUGAGCAAGUAAAGAGACAUUUUGAUGCUACAAUAUGGGUUUGUGUCUCCAAUAAUUUCGACGAUAAAAGGAUUUUGAGAGAGAUUCUUGAAUCCCUUACCCAUGAAUCAAGUACACUAGAAAAUAAGAAUGCAAUUCUUGAAUGUCUUCAAGAACAGUUGCAAAGUAAAAGAUAUCUUCUAAUACUUGACGAUGUAUGGAAUGAAAAUCCACAGGAAUGGAAUACAUUUAAGAGUUGUUUGUUGAAAAUUUGUUCAAAUCCUGGAAAUAACAUUAUUGUAACAACUCGUAGUGAAAAGGUGGCAAAAAUUAUGGAGACACUUUCACGAUGCAACUUGGAAAAAUUAUCAAAAGAUGAAUGUUGGUCCAUAAUCAAGAAAAUAGUAUCAGCAAAUGAAAGAAUUCCAUUAACUCCAGAUUUGGAUGCUGUUGGAAGGAAGAUUGCUAAAAAAUGUGGAGGAGUUCCAUUAGUUGCAAGAGUUUUAGGGGGAACAAUGUUGCAUAAAAGGGAGAAAAGUCAAUGGUUGGCAAUUCAAAAUAAUGAAGUUUGGAAUUCCCUACAUGAUAGCAAUGAAAUGUUACCAAUAUUAAAAUUAAGUUUUGAUCAUCUUCCAUCACCAUCUUUAAAACAAUGCUUUGCAUAUUGUUCAAUUUUUCCUAAAGGUUAUGAUAUGAACCAGAAAGAAUUAAUUCAAUAUUGGAUGGCCGAAGGGUUCCUUCAACCAUCUCAAGGAAAUGGUUUGGUGAUGGAGGAUAUUGGUUACAUGUAUUUUGAUAUCUUGUUAGCAAAUUCCUUAUUCCAUGAUGUGGAAAAGGAUUUAUAUGGCAAUAUUACGCAUUUUAAGAUGCAUGAUUUGGUGCAUGAUCUUGCCCUCUCAAUUUCAAAUUUUGAAACCGUGAUUUUGAAGGGCAAUUCAGUGGAUGACAUUAACCAUGUACGGCGUGUUUGCAUCCAAUCUGAUGGGGAAAUGGUGCCAAGAAUUCCAUUUUCAAAAGACCAUGUUAGAAGAUUGCGCACAUUUACUUCAGAAAAUGUUCCAUUUGAAAUCUUGUUAUCAAAUUUUGAAUGCUUACGCGUUCUAAAGUUAUUCGGGCCUAAGAUAAUAGAGCUUUCAAAUUCAAUUGGUCAGUUAGUACACUUGAGGCUUCUCCAUAUCUCAAUGACCAACAUCAUAGAAUUACCAAAGACAAUCACCAAGCUCUACAAUUUGCAAACUUUAAGAAUUGAAAAUUGCCGUCGUUUCAAAAAGCUUCCAGAAGAUCUGAAAAAAUUGGUUAAUUUGAGACAUAUUUGUGUUGAUUAUGUUGUUUACAUUCAGCAACCACCAAGAUAUAUGGGACAGUUGACUUGUCUACAAACUUUGAAAUUUUUCAAUGUGGGUCAAGAUGCAGGUCAUCAAAUCGAAGAAUUGGGACGCUUAAAUGAACUUAGUGGAGAAUUAAUCAUCAAAAGUCUAGAGAAUGUGAAGGAUAGAGAAGAAGCAAGAAGUGCAAAUUUAGCAGAGAAGGCCAAACUCCACCAGUUGAGGUUUCACUGGAGUGGUAGUUCAUAUAGAGAAGUCAACUACCAUAAUGAUGAAGAAGUGUUGGAAGGCCUCCGGCCUCAUCAAUAUUUGAAAAGCUUAAUGAUUGAUGGUUUUGGAGGAAAGAAAUUCCCUUCAUGGAUGUUGACAAGUUGUGGUGCUAUGGAUGCUUUGUUGCUUUUUGACAAUUUGAUCGAGAUAAAUUUAUUAAACUGCAGCAAAUGUGAAGAAGUUCCCAUCCUCGGGCAUCUACCCUGCCUUAAGGUUCUUCAAAUAAAGAAAAUGGAUAGGGUGACAUGUAUAGGAAUCUCAUUUUACAGCAUUUAUAGCGAUGACAAUUAUAGAAAUAUAUUGUUCCCGGCAUUAAGAAGACUCAAAUUGGAGAAAAUGAACAGCCUAGUGGAGUGGAAGGAUGUUAUGGAAGUGACAACAAAAUGUGUAGUGUUUCCUUGCCUUGAGGAGUUGAUCAUUGGAGUGUGUCCACAACUGAAAAGUGCUCCUUUUCAUUUUCCGUCUCUACAGAAAUUAAAGAUUUCCAAAAUAGGCAGCACAGCAUUGGAAAUGAUUUGUAGAAAGCUUACCACUCUCACGUCCCUAUGUAUUUCUUAUGUGUCAGAACUUGCUUUUCUGCCAAAGCAACUUUUUAGUACCUCUCUCCGAUCACUACAGAUAGAAGAUUGUGAGAAACUGAGUUAUAUACCAGACACUGUACACACCCUGAUUUCCCUUGAGGAGUUGGUAGUAAAUGGUUGUCCUAGUCUAAAGUCUUUUCCAACAAUGCAAGGUGCUACAUCACUUCGACGCUUGGAGAUAUCAGAGUGUGGUGUUGAAGUUCUAUCCAUCGGGCUACAGUCCUGUUCAUCACUUUCAGAUUUAAGGAUAACAGAAUGUCCUAAUCUAAAAUCUAUUCCAAAUCUACGAGAAUUGCAUUCUCUUAGCCAAUUAAGAAUAAGCAAAUGCCGAAAGUUAAUGCUUCUGCCAGAGGGGUUAUUAGAUUGCCAAAACGGCUUGAUGUCUUUGGCGAUUGGUGGGUAUAGUGAGGAGCUAGAUGCUUUCCCCAGUCUCAGCUCCACUUCCAUCCAACACUCACACACGUCACUCAAAAUUCUAUAUUUGUAUGGGUGGGCUAAACUCAACUCUCUUCCGGAUGAAAUUCUAAGCUUCACUGCCCUUACAGAUCUGUGGAUAUUCAACUUCCAUGAAAUGGAAGCUUUGCCUGAGUGGUUGGGCAAGCUUUCUUCUCUUCAAAAACUCUAUCUUGUUGAUUGCAAGAACCUGAUGUAUCUGCCCACUGCACAAACCAUGCGAGGCCUCACCAAAUUAGAAAGACUGGAGAUUUAUAAAUGCCCCAAAUUAAAGGAAAGAUGUGCAAAGGAGAGCGGCACAGAGUGGCCCAAAAUUUCCCACAUUCCAGAUAUCUUCAUCCCAGCUGACUGAUGUCAAAGUGUAGCUGCACAGAUAAUGGAAUUAUCACUUCAAGAGCUGCAAAACAUAUUCAACAGCUCAUUGCAACGCAUCACCAAAUUAGAGAAUUAAUGUAUCAGAUGAGAUGCUGUUAUCAUGGCCUCACCCAGAGCCCUAUGUUCCAGUGACCUCAACACUUUACAGCUUGCUAAGUCUUGUUGUCUAAAAUAAGAGGCCAACCUGUUUGGGUGCUCCAAUUCAUACAAAAGUUAGAACGAUACUAGCCUACAUUGAGUGGAUAAGGCAAUGAACAUAUGUUUCUGUAAGCUGACUUUUACUUGCAAUUAUUCAAUUAGUACUAUUUGGUUUAGAAAUCAAUGUAUUACUCAGGAAGAGAGGUCAGCCAUGACAAACAUAUCUUACUGUGCUAUUAUUCGAUUUUAGUGGUAGUCUCUACACUAAAAUCCUCAUUGUCAAUAAUGAGUUGAAGCAAGAUACAAUAUGUAGUUUUCUUGAAAAAAGAUAGAACAUACAUGUAUGAAUGCUAAAUAUAAAUUGCUUACAUAAACUAAUUUUGCAGUCCACCCAAAAAAGUAGCAGUGAUUGUUAUUAAUUGAUAAUCAAGGCUGAAUCACAUUAUGCCUUGUCAAUAUUUUCAGCUUUAAGCUUUACUAUUACUGACUCUGUUACUUUAUCUUGUAACCUAAAGAACCCCCUAGUAAAUUUAAUUCAAUUCUUCCCAUGGCUCAAUUUAUGUUGAUUAUUUGUUUAUUCAGGUCCUGUAUUUGCAAAUUUACUAGAAUCUUUGGUAAAUGUAAACUUCACUUACCAAAAUACAUGAGCAACAAUACUCCAAAAUGGAAAAUAAUCUUCUACAUUGCCAAUAAAGAUACUAAAAUUCUACUUGAGGAACUACAUUAGAGAUACAACAUUUUCAAAGUCUUUGAAGGACACUUAAAGAGCCAACUAUUGGUUGAAAAUACAGUCACUAAGGUGCAAGUUCUUUCCUGAAGAGUUGAAUUUUAGGGAAGAAGAUUUGCUAAUUUCUUUAGCAAAUUAUGGAAGAAGUGCAAUCCUUGCCAAUAGAGAUGCUCUAUGUUGUUAGCUAAGUGGAAGGUCUGCCAAAGUGGUUGGAAAUUUAUUAGAAUUUCAAUACCAUCUGAUGCUCACUUUACAAAAAAAAAGCUGAAUAUUUCGUAGUGUUUACUGCCAGUGGUUAAAUAACAGACAUGGACAAUCCAAGAAUUUUAUAAUGCCAGGGAAUUAAUUUGAAUCCUAUCUUGUUGAAGUUCAUUAAUAUUUGUGAGUUUCCUCCAAUCUCAUGUUCUUCUCUUCUGAUGUGUCCCUUGAAUUUAUAAAAACUGUGAUUAAAAUGCAAUUGAACAAAAUGACUGUGUUCGUGAAGAUAAUUGAACUUAAUAAGUCAGGCACCAUCCUUUAUCUUCUAAUAUUUCUCCUUAAAUUCAUAUUCUUCUUUGUUAGGUUCAAAUUUUGUGGCAAAUUGUUGGUGGUCAGAGCUUGAGGACCCUGCACAUGUUUUGAUUGUCAUUGAAGUUGGAUUCUUGAAGGUUUUAUUAAUUUAUCUUUUUCUAUGCUGCUCAUAUUUCUUAUUUUUUUUCUUAUGCAUCUUCUAUGUAUUGGAAUUAAAUUAUGCAUCUUGGAGAUAUUUUCUUUCACACGUUUAAGACUAUAGAUGAGCCCAAUGAUAGAUAUUUGGUAAACUGUAAUGAAUGUUUUAUAUCUACUUUUGGUUUAUGUGGAGUUGUAUUGUUGUUUUCAAUAGACGGUGAAUCCCAAGCAUCACUAUUGUUGUCUAAUGCCUAGUAUGUUAGGACUAAAGAUCGAUUUCUGUUGGACAAGGCUAAAUGCUUAGGGAUUUUAUGCUUACCUCAAGUCUCUGCCUCAUCUACUUCAAUACACACCACCAUAAUAUUUAAACGUUAAAACCACAAAUUAGAAAGAAUGGAAUUUUUUUCUUCUGUAGUUGGGGAACCUUUCAUUUAUACAUCAUCUGUCUGUUAACAGUUGCAAGAAGCUAGAAUUUCUACCAGCACUGGAUGUGGUGCAAUGCCUCAUUAAAUUAAAGAUGCCAGUUAUUUUUCAAUGUUCCAAUAAAAGGCACAUUUGUUCAACGGGCCCUCAAUUUGCUUCAUUCCCUUCAAACUUCAAAGAUCUGAAAAAGGAUUUGAGCAAAGUGCUGUGAAAUUUUUUCAUUUGACUUGUCUGUAAAUGACCUGUUUAAUGUCCCCAAGCAAGAGGAACAACUUGAGAUUCAAAUGAAAAGAGAGCCUCUUUUAAUUUUAUGUCUGAUAUCAAGUUCUCAAAUUUCUGGUAAGCCAUAUUAUUUUUUCUGAGCUUCUUCUUCUUCUUUUUAAACUGUGUGAAAUUUCUGGUUGCUGGCCAAUUGUACUAACAUCGCAUCUAUAUCUGCAAAUGUUUACAAGUUUACUCUACAUGGUAGCACUACCUUUGUCAACCAACAAAAUAUCAAAUUCCUAACAGUUCAUCUACCUAUCAAAUCUUAUUCCAUUAUUAUGGCCUCACCUAGAGCCCUUUGUUCCAGUGACUUCAACACUUCAAUGCUUGCCAAGCCUUCUCUUCUUUUCAUUUUUGUUGUCUUAACUAAGAGGCCAACCCAUUUGGGUGCUCCAAUUCAUACAAAAGUUUGAAGGAUACCUGCCUACAGUGACUGGAUAAGGUAAUGAACAUUAGUCUCUGUCCCGAAGUAUUCUGAUUAUAAUCUCAGUUGAAUAUAAACUUCACUUGUUGAAGGCUGAUGUCACUUGCUGAUACUCACUCCUUAGCGCCGUUCUGCUCUUCAUUUUGUUGGGCUGAUAUCUUGGAAAACAUCAAAAGCUAAUGGCAAUCACAUCUGAAUGUGAAGUGUGGUGGUCAGUAGAGAAAUCAUUGCUGCAUGUAUAUAAGACUCCAAUCU